AUAGGUUGAAUCCGCCAUUUGUGACCGAUAUAUAACCCAAAUACCAUCAUCAUUCUUUAUCAAUUUCAUUUCUACUUCUCUGUUAAUUUGCUUAUCCCUGUAAUGUUGAAACUAAUUGCCGCCCCUGUAUCUGACGCCUGGUCACGGUGGUGGGGAUUUGGCUAUGGCGAUGAACUAGUCGCUAGUACCAUUCUCAUCAUCGCCGCUAUGUUUUCUAUAUUCUGGCUUGUAUGGAUCUUUUUAUCAAAGGACACCCACCCGCCUCUGCCGCCCGGCCCACGAUCUCUGCCACUCGUCGGAAACCUCCUGUCUCUUGAUCCAGAGCUCCACUCCUACUUCGCCACCCUUGCAAAAACGUACGGUCCUAUUUCCAGGAUCUGGCUCGGUAAAAGAGUGGGAAUCGUGAUCACCUCCCCGGCCCUAGCCCGUGAAGUUCUUAAACUCAACGACACCACCUUCUCCAACCGUGACGUUCCUGUUGCCGGCAUGGAGUUGACGUAUGGUGGAAACGACAUCGUCUGGUCCCCUUAUGGUGAUCAGUGGCGGAUGUUGAGAAAGAUUUGUGUUCAUGAAAUGCUUAGCAACAAAACUUUGGAUUCCGUUUACUCUCUCCGGCGGAAAGAGAUCCGGAACACAGUUAACUACUUUUACCGCCGUGUCGGGUCUCCGGUGAACUUAGGCGAACAGAUGUUUUUGACUGUGUUGAAUGUGAUUACCGGGAUGAUGUGGGGUGGCACCGUGAAGGAGGAGGAUAGGGCGAGCCUAGGAGCGGAGUUCCGGCAAGUGGUCACCGAGAUGACCGGAUACUUGGGGAUGCCGAACUUGUCCGACUUUUAUCCGGGAUUGGCCAGGUUUGAUCUUCAAGGAGUUAAAAAAAACAUGAAAUUGUUGGCGAAGAAAUUCGAUGUAAUCUUUGAGACGAUGAUUGAUCAAAGGAGGAAGAUGGGUGGCGAUGAAAACUCGGAUUUUUUACAGUUUUUGUUGCAGCUUAAAGACGACACAGAUUCCAAAACACCAUUCACAAUGGCACAUCUCAAAGCUUUGCUCAUGGAUAUGGUGGUUGGAGGGACAGAAACGACUUCAAAUACUGUCGAGUUUGCACUGGCUGAGAUGAUGAACAAACCGGAAAUCCUGAAAAAGGCACAACAAGAAUUAGAAACGGUGGUCGGAAAAGACAACAUAGUGGAAGAAUCCCACAUCAACAAACUGCCAUAUCUAUACGCCAUCAUGAAAGAAGUUCUUCGUUUACACCCAACACUUCCACUGUUGAUCCCACGUUGCCCUAGCGAAUCAUGUGUGAUUGGUGGCUACAUGGUUCCAAAAGGUGCUCGAAUGUUCAUCAAUGCAUGGGCAAUACAUAGAGACCCUACGAUUUGGGAAAACCCAUUGGAGUUUCGACCUGAAAGGUUUUUGGAUAGCAAGUGGGAUUACAAUGGCAACGACUUCAAUUAUCUUCCAUUUGGUUCUGGAAGGAGGAUAUGUGCAGGGCUAGCAAUGGCGGAGAGAAUGUUUAUGUUUUUGCUUGCAUCGCUUGUUCAUUCUUUUGAUUGGGAAUUGGGUCCCGGAGAGAAACAUGAUCUUUCUGAAAAGUUUGGCAUUGUUUUGAAGAAGAAAGUUGCUCUCAUUGCAAUUCCAACACCAAGAUUCUCAAGCCCCACAAUGUACGACUGAAGAAAGCUUCAAAUGGGGUUAUACUUGGCCGAAGCCUUACAAGGAAAAGACUUGACAAACAACUAAGCUAAAUCACAACCCCAAAGCAACACAAACCCUCACACCCCCCGCCCAUGGCAAAGCUACAAGACACUAAACGGGGAACAACACCAAUUCGCCCAAUUACAAUUGCCAAAAUUACCCCUAUGCUUAACCCAUCCAAAGACCAUAGUUAUAAUGUUGUCCACAACUUUAGAAAUGGUUGUAGGCACCUGAUUAAAAAGCCUAUCAUUCCGGCCCUUCCAAAUACACCACAGACCUCCGUACAAUAUGGCAAGAAAGACCUUCCUUUUUUUUGGGCAGUUUCCCCACUUAGCAGCAAAAUUCAAAGCUUCAGAAAUCGAAGAGAAAGAGACAAAAGGGACAUCACACCACUUAAAAAUCCACUUGAACGCUUCCUUAGCAAGAUCGCAAGCAAUAAGCAAGUGAUCCGUAUCAUCCACACCAUUAAUGCAAAAGAGACACCUGGUAGAAGCAACACCCACACCCCUCCUUGAAAGAGCCAUGGAGGAAGGGAUACCAUCCAAACUAGCCCUCCAAACAAAGCAGAUUAUUUUUAAGGGGACAAGAUUCACCCAACCGGUUGUACUAUUAGUCCCAAUGGUGACUUUGGAGUCGAUGAGCUUACGAAUGUCUCUAACAUAGAACUGCCCAUCACUAGAAAGCUUGGAUUUCCAAGAGUCAGGAUCCGAGGACAAGGUAACCCCAUCGAGGAGCCGACAGAGUUGGGCCAGUUCUGCCAUCUCCACGGGAAGGCUGGGAAUUUUCCUCCAAGCCCAUAAAAAACCAUUCGAAGAAAAUCUUUCUGCCAGAAAACAAGACUUACGUUU